UUAUUGUUAUUGUUGUUAGUAUAAAUGUUUUGCAGAUUCUGCAUGCAUUGUAAGUUUUGUUGCAUAUUCAAAAUAUCCCUUGGAACUGACACGCAUCAGCAUCUGGAAGAUGGAUGGAUGCAUAGAUAAUCACUGCAUAGAAAUUCAAAAUAUUUACACAUGAACCAAAACAUAAUUAAAGCUAAAAUCACAUGCAAAGUGCGAUGCUUCAAGUUUUAUUCGGCAUAGUAAUUUAUAAAUAAGUAGGCUAUUCUGAUCUGUUUAUGUCAGAUGCAGGUAUAGGUAAGGCCCGCGAUGAACUGCCCUCUCUUCUUGAGCGCUGCUGGCACAGUUUCUGCCUGUCGCGUUGUCACAGCCUGCUGUCGCCGUCGUUCGAAAUGCCAUGUGCACGUGGAGCCAUCUGACGCCACGCGGGUCGGCAGAGGCGCGCUCGCUCGUGCCGCGUGUACUUCAUGUCAUUUCCAAAGGGGUAUGACCGUGGAGCGAAGCAGCACUUCCCUUCCUUCAGCAGCUUCAUGUCCACCAUGAGUCAAAAGAGGGGGGCAGCAAGCCAGAGCUUCUCCACCCAGAUUCUCCUGCCCGCUGCUCGACACGUGAGGGAACUGCCCCCCAUUUGCCUGGGCGUCCGGCAGAAGCACCGUAUCUCCAUCAACACACUCCCACCUGAGAUGAAGGCCCCUUUCCCAUCGGACCCCAUCAUCCCCCUGCGCACUAAAACCACCAAAGAGUUUCAGGAGGACGUGGAGAGGGCCACGGCUUCGGGUGACUGGACAACUGUCCACGAUUUCUACCUAACAACGUUCGACUCCUUUUUAGAACUCAAUGCUGCCUUCAAGAGAGAAGCCAAUACCCCGUUUGACACAAUCGAAGAUUCUGGCAUCAAUAUCAAAUUCGUCAACGCCGUUUAUGAUGCCUUACUCUAUACACCCGCAGACAUCCAGAAGUCGGUGCUGAAGGGAAUAAUUAACAGUUUAUUAAGGGAAUGGAAAGGGCCCCGGACGAAGGACGACCUGAGGGCGUAUUUCGUACUCGUUCAGAACCCGCAGUACAACAGCGUCACCACAUAUGUGAUCUACGCGCACUUGCUGAGGCAGAUUGCCUCUCUGACUGAAGCCGACCACCAUUUCCUGGUGCACUGGUUUAUAAAACUUUCCCAGCGCCGCUUCAGGCAGUUAGUGGAGCGCCUGCUGCACUUCAUUUCCACGCGUCUGCUUCCGGCCCGGCCCGAGGAGCUGCCACCCAUGACCAAGUGCUCCUGGUGGAUUCCAUCCGCCACCAAAGUCCUGGCUCUGCUGAAUGCUUCCAAUAGCAUCGCUGCUCCCCCGAUCAUCCCCUUCGCUGACUUAUACAACCUCACCCUGGACCACAUUGACAUCAUGGAAGACUACCAGACCUGGCAGAGCCAUGGGAGUUCAAGGUUUUCAUUUUGCCAGUUUCCUUUCAUCCUGUCAAUAGUGACGAAGAAAAACAUCAUCCAGAGGGACUCGGAGCAGCAGAUGAUCAGCAUGGCCAGGCAAAGCCUUGUGGACAAAGUCUCGCGCAGGCAAAGAGUCGACAUGAGCUUGCUCUUCCUCAACAUCAACGUCCGUCGGCAGCAGCUGCUCAGUGAUUCGCUGAAUGAGCUUACUAGAAAGCGAGCAGACCUCAAAAAGAAGCUGAAGGUGACUUUUGUGGGGGAGGCCGGUUUGGACAUGGGGGGGCUCACCAAAGAAUGGUUCCUGCUUCUGAUCCGGCAGAUUUUCCACACAGACUACGGCAUGUUUACGUACUUUAAGAAUUCCCACUGCCAUUGGUUCAGCAGCUGGAAGUGCGAUAACUAUUCGGAAUUCCGGUUGGUCGGAGUUCUGAUGGGCCUGGCCGUGUACAACAGCAUCACCCUGGACAUCCGCUUCCCCCCGUGCUGCUACAAGAAGCUGCUGACGCCGCCCGUCGUGCCGUGUGACCAGAACGCUCCCGUCGGCAUGGCGACCCUCACCCUGGACGACUUGCGGCAGGUCAUGCCGGACCUCGCUCACGGAUUGGAGGAGCUUCUCAGGUACGAGGGGAACGUAGAAGAGGAUUUCUGUGCCACUUUUCAGGUUUUCCAGGAAGAGCUUGGCGUUGUGAAGUCCUACAAUCUCAGGCCUGGUGGUGACAAGAUUGCCGUCACAAACCAGAACAGAAGGGAAUAUGUCCAGCUCUAUGUCGAUUUCCUCCUGAACAAGUCAAUCUACAAGCAGUUUGCGGCCUUCUACUACGGAUUCCACAGUGUUUGUGCCUCAAAUGCAUUAAUGCUGCUGAGGCCAGAAGAGGUGGAGAUACUGGUGUGCGGCAAUCCCGAGCUGGACAUUAGCGCCCUGCAGAAGGUCACGCAGUACGAAGGCUACAGCAAGAACGACCCCACCGUGCGCUGCUUCUGGGACGUGGUCCUGGGAUUCCCGCCGGAGCUGCAGAAGCGGCUGCUUCACUUCUCUACGGGGAGCGACAGGGUCCCAGUGGGAGGGAUGGCUGACCUCAACUUUAAAAUAGCAAAGAUUGAAGUUCCUUCUGACUGGUUACCAGUAUCCCAUACAUGUUUCAACCAGCUCUGUCUACCGCCCUAUAAGAGCAAGAAGGAACUGAAGCUGAAGCUGACAAUCGCCAUUUCAAAUGCUGAAGGAUUUGGCUUGGAGUGACUUUGGACUGUGGACCACACCUUCGACAAAGAGAUCGUUUAAUGACUUCUGCUUAGAGGCACGAUUAUAGCGAACACAGUUGUGUUUGUGGGUGUUGUUUUUUUCUAAGUUAUUGAAUCUGGCUUGUUUUGUUGGGAGAUUGUAGAAUUACCCCAGAUGCACUCUGUUUGGAAACUCCAGGUGCACUUUUAUUAACACAUACAUAUACUGCUUGUUGGCCGAUGGCUCUCGGUUCUUCCAGCAGCAUGUCGUAUUUUAUUUGGAAUCGCUUUCCUACGAUAUUUAUCUGUAUCCUUCCAGUUUAUAACGUGGGUUCCGAUGUGUUUUCCUAGCGUGUGUCCAAAUUGCAGGAUGUAAUGACUGGACUGGAUUACUGGAAAUGCUUAGUAUGAAAAUGGUUGCUUUAUAAACAGCUGUUGGUCGUUUGCACCCAUUUUUUGCCUUAACUUUAAAAUGUGUGAUGAAAAGGAUUGACCAGAUGUGACCUUAUUCACUCGAAAAAAAAAAUUAUCAUAGAAAUUUAGAUUGUUCUGCAUUGUUAUGUAUAUUAAUGGAUAAAUUGUCUUGAACCAUCUGGAUGGUUAAUCAGGGAAAUGCACACGAGCUGUUUUCGUUCACUUUUAAGUCAAAAAAGUUUCGUGAUGUAACCUCAGUGGCUUGUUUUCAGCACUUAGGCCUGCUUGACCAAACACGACUGAAGCUCAUCUUGCAGGAUAAUCACCUUGAUGUUACCGCGAGACCAAGAAUAAUAUUACUUUAUUUUUAUGACAGGUUUUCAUACUGAGAUCCCAGUGUGUAUCGCUGCUGUACCUGUUUAUUUAUAAGUGCUGCUUGCCUUCUGGAUUUUUCCUGUAAGUAGCAUUUUGACAAGGCAUUUAUGGGUUUGGUUGUUAAAACCUGAGACCUAUGCUGCAUAUUAAGUUUGUUUGUAAAGUUUUGAUGGGGUGGAAGGAUUGGCUUUUUUCUGGUUAGUGUAGAAGAGGUUGUCGAGAGUAUUCGAAGAGAAUGCUGGACCAUCUUGACAGAGAUUUUAAAACAUGAGAGCUGUUGCCCUGAUCUUGUGGCAUCUCGAGCCGACGAAGUCUUCAAAAGGAACGACACGGGAGCGCUGAACAAGCCGGAGCACUCGUUGGGCUGUGGAGGGUUUUUCUGACGUUCCCCAUGAGACGCUGAAGGUGCAGAUAGUGCAGACUCCUCCUUUGUGUAUUUCUGAGUAGAUGAGUAUCUCAUGAAGCUGUGUUUCCCAGUCUGGCCCUCGGGGGCCACCAGAGUGUUCACAUCAUUUUUGCUCCCUUCCAGCUCCUGCUAGGAGAAUUUGACUGUGGACUGUCUAGCAGGAAGUUGGGAGGGAGCAAAAACGUGAACCACACAGAGAAAGUGCCGACUGCUUUGGUAAAAAAAAUAAAGAAAAUUAUAUAUAUACUGUAUAUAUAUGUAUAUAUAUAUAUAUAUAUAUAUAUAUAUAUAAACGUUGAACUCCUGGUGAGAAUAUAAUGUUUAAGUAUUGAUUCAUAGUUGUAUUUUGGCAAAUUUAGAUGUAUUGUUAUUUGGAUGUUGUGUUUG